AUGAACGGCUUGAGCAACAAACUCUUCGGCUGUCAGAUUAAGUUCGCCCUCAUUGUUGGCCUUUUGGUAUCCUUGGCCUGGGCACUUCCUGUCGAAGAUGAAAAGACAUCCCUGGCAGUCAAGGACGAUGCUGGGAAUACGGCGGAGAUUAUUGAAGCUGCCCCGGUGGUUGAGGAUGGGGGCAGCCUUGGACAGCUGCGAUUCCCCCCAUUCAGCAACAACAAUGGAACAGGAUUCUUUGAAAGAUUCGGUGAAAAAUUCAGGAAUAAGAGGACUACAACUACAACCACGACAACAACUACUGCAGCUCCCUCUGGAAAAUAA